AUGGCUACAGCUCCAUUAACAGAAUUUAAUGAGGAAAGUGAUGUUAGUUGCCGAGAUUACUUAAAGUUUGAACUAGAUGAAACAUGUGAAAAGGCCAAGCACGUUAUAGACAAAUGCCUUCAUCGCUGGGUAGGAAUUGCUGGAAACAAAAACAAAAUCACUGAGGAUGAAUACCUGCAGAGCAUCCAUUCACUCACCAUCCAAAGUCGCUCUAGACCAGAGUUGUACCAUGGCUUCGUUUCCGGGGACUUUAAGAUGAUGGACAUUGAUGACGACGGCAUUGUCUCCAAGGAUGAGCAUGUUGCCUUUUUCUACGGCUUAAAGGUUCCAAAGCAAUUUUCAAAUGAAAUGUUUGAUAUAAUGGACACAGACAAAAAUGGUCUCAUCACAUUUGAAGAGUUUGCAGAAGGUUUUCUUGAGUUCUGGCUUACCGAAGAUCCAAACAACAAAUACAAUAAUUUUUAUGGUCCACUUGUUGAUUAA